AAUGUAUAAUUUAGGGAAACGCUGGCUGGAGUGUGGGAGAGAAGGAAGAAAUGGAGAAUGCCGCAGAUCGCCCCAUCCUAAUCCUUCACAAUGGCGUCAUCGUUACCAUGGACCAGUCGUCCCGCGUCUUCCGUGACGGCGCCGUCGUCGUCGCCGGCGACCGCAUCGAGGCCGUCGGCCCAUCUGCUCAGAUUCUCCGCGAUUUCUCCCACCUUGCCACGGUCGACUCCGUCGUCGACCUCCGCGGCCGAAUCCUGCUUCCAGGAUUCGUCAACACGCAUGUGCAUACGUCGCAGCAGCUGGGGAGGGGCAUCGCCGACGAUGUUGAUCUGAUGACGUGGCUUCACAAGCGUAUAUGGCCAUACGAGUCCCACAUGACGGAGGAGGAUUCCUACCUCUCCACGCUGCUCUGCGGUAUCGAGCUCAUCCGAUCCGGAGUAACAUGCUUUGCGGAAGCAGGUGGCCAACAUGUCAGCGGAAUGGCUAGAGCAGUGGAAGAGCUGGGUUUGCGUGCAUGUUUAGCAAAAUCUUCUAUGGACACAGGUGAUGGAUUGCCUGCAAAUUGGAGUGCUUGUUCUACGGACAAUUGCAUUCAGUCUCAGAGAGAGCUAUACACUAAGCAUCAUAAUACAGCAGAAGGAAGAAUCAGAAUAUGGUUUGGAUUAAGACAGAUUAUGAAUGCAAGUGAUCAAUUAUUACUAAAAACAAGAGAUGCGGCUGAGGAAUUGAAGACGGGCAUCCAUAUGCAUGUUGCAGAAAUCCCUUACGAAAAUCAGCUUGUGAUGAGCACUAGAAAGGUUGAACAUGGUACAGUGACUUACUUGGAGAAAAUUGGUCUUCUACGGAGCAACUUGUUGGCCGCUCAUUCUGUUUGGCUGAGUGAUGCUGAGAUUGGCUUCUUUGCUAAGGCUGAUGUCAAGGUUUCUCACUGCCCUGCCUCUGCAAUGCGUAUGCUUGGAUUUGCUCCCAUAAAGGAAAUGCAUGAAGCUGGUGUUUGUGUUUCUCUUGGAACAGAUGGAGCGCCAUCCAACAAUAGGAUGAGCAUUGUUGAUGAGAUGUAUCUAGCUUCACUCAUAAACAAAGGAAGAGAAGCUUAUACAAGUGGGACAACCAAUCCAACUGUUGUGCCUGCUGUAACAGUAUUAAAGAUGGCCACAAUAGAUGGUGCAAAAUCAGUGCUCUGGGACAAUGAGAUUGGUUCAAUUGAGGUUGCCAAAAAGGCUGACUUGAUAAUUGUCAAUCCUUUUUCAUGGACCAUGGUUCCAUUGCACGAUUGUAUCUCCAGUCUUGUCUACUGCAUGAGAACCGAAAACAUUGAUUCAGUCAUGUGCAAUGGUCAGUGGAUCAUGAAGGACCAUAAAAUCUUGAGAAUAAAUGAGGAAGAGAUUGUCUCAUUAGCAAUCCAAGCUGCAGAUGCUCUCCUAAAAAGAGCAGGGAUUAGUCUUCCUGAAAGAAUGAACUAUUUGUGAUCGUUUUGCAGCUUUGCAGAAACCACGUACGUCCAUCAAUAAAAGCUAAAUGGCCAUGCAAUAAGACAUCUUGGAGAAUUUUACUAUGAAAAAGCCUGAACCUAUUGCUGGAGAAACUCCAACUGGGAUGUUCUUCCACUUGAUGUAAAAUCUUUGCAUUAUUUUUGAUGAAUAGAUGAUGAGUUUGGUGCUCUCUACUCUCCAGGUCGAGCAACAUGCACAAUCUCUGGAGUUGAAUAAAUAAGUUCGGAAGAAAAGUUUGCCUUAGUAAAAAUUUUAAUAUCAUGGUCUUUUUUUAUGUUGAUAAAAUUCAUAAAGGGCAUCCUAACAGUGUUAAUCUUGUAUUUCUCUUUAGAUUUUGUGCCUGCUUGUUGGUCAUUCAAGGCAAACACAGUCGUUGCUAAACGUAGCGAUUAAAAGAUGCAAUUUAUUACACAGAUUUGAGCUUUCA